AGGCUGUUCAGUCACGUGACAAUUCUUGCAGUCAAAAAAAAUCUCGGCGCGGCGGAAAUUGAGAACUUCAAAAUUUUUAAAGGUGAGCGUAUGGGCACCUUAGCAUUUGGGUACUUUUCUUGCACUAAACCAAUUUAGGCCGGUUUAUGUUGGGUACCUAUGCAAAGGUAGAUGAUUUUCUGAGGUAAACAAAGAUGAAAAUCCCGGUUUCUGUUUGAGGAAGUAAAAAAAUCAGAGAAGAAACGAUUUCAGUGUGGAAACUUUUACAGAAACGUCAUGGCAAAUACUUCACAAUUGCUUAGUUUUGAGAGUUCUUCCACUGCUUCCACAAUUAAUGAUGAAUCAAGGUAUAGCGAGAUCUCUUUAAUUGAAGAGGAGGCUAAUAAACAGCGAGCAAGGAUUGUUAGUGAGUUAAAAAUUUCAAGUUUGGCGGAUAUAUUGAAUGCCGCUCCUGCUUCUUAUGGAAUUGUACAGUUAGCAAGAUGAUGUGGGUUGAAUCAAGAUCAGAUGAAUUUGUUAUUUCUACAUCGUUCUGGUGGCGGUAACCCUGCUGCUGCGUUCGUGGAAGCAUUGCCCUUUUACCAUCCUGAUAAGGAAAUUCGUGAGUUGAAAGAAAUUUGCGAAAAUGAAGGUCUAGUGCACGUUGCAGGUUUUUUCCAAAAUUUUGAUCUAACAAGAAAAUUCGGAGAAUUAACACCUGAUGACAUGAGCAAGUUAGCUACGUUACUUUUGCAACAGGAAUCCUGGAAAAUAGUCGCAGAAGGACUUGAAAUGCAAAGUCUAAUCCAGCAAUUUGCAGUUGCAGUGAUGCAGAAUAAUUCAUAUUGUCCUACACGGUAUUUAUUACAGCUACUUGCAGCAUCAAGAUUGUACACAGUGGGUGAAUUGUUACACGAUCUAAGGGCUAUAGGAAACGUCCGAGCAUAUAAUCAUUUAAUUGAACGCAACUUCUCUGUUACACGCUAAUUUGUUUCUGUUUGUAAGAAGUCAGCUAUUCUUGUUUUAAGAUUUUUUUAGCACACACACAACAUAAUUUUUAGGGCUAAAAUGUAAGUGUGUUUGAAUUUAUGUGGGCAUUUUAUUUGUAUUUUUACAAGAUCACUUUUUAUUAACCUGGGACAGUUUUUGAUUUUUUUUUAAUUUAUGUAAAAUUUGUAGUAAAUUGUAGGUUUUGUUAAUUCAGGGCAGAAUCUGAAAAUUUAAACGAGACGAGAAAUUUGUUUUUUAUAACUGAAAAAUCAGUGGCCUAACAAUUUUUUUUAGAUAGAAAAAUAUAUGUUGUAAUUUGAAUAAUAAUAAGUAGUAGUUAUUGCACAGUGCCGAGAAAAGAUAUCAGAAAUAUUUU